AUGGUUCAGCACAGGAACGCGACGCCCCGUCAAUACACAGCAGCAGCCAGCAGCAGCAACAGCAGCAGCAGCAGCAGCAGCAGCAGCAAUUCAGAUGCACAGGAUGCAGAUGAUGCAGCAACAGAACAGCAGCAGCAGCAGCAGCAGCAGCAGCAGCAGCAAGACAGCAGCAUUGACUAUGAAGACGCCCAAGCGGAUUCCUCCUCCGACGGAGACGAAAACUACGACAACAGCAGCAGCAGCAGCAGCAGCAGCAGGACAUCCGCUCCAGCAGCAGCAGCAGCAGCAGCAGCAGCAGCAGCAGCAGCAGCAGCAGACGCAUGCCUAUUGCCUUUGACCAGAGUCGAUACGAAAUAA